GUUUGGUUUGUUCUUUUCAUAUAACACGGAUGCAAUAUAUUAAUACUUAUUAUUAGCAAUACUGUAUAGCCUUUAAAUUCAUCGUACAUUCGCAUACAUAGUCUCGCAUAUACAUAGUCUAACUAUGAAGAAACUAUAUUCGCGUCUCGCUAUUGUAGCUAUGUGCCAGGUUGCAUGCUUGGCACGCACAGAAACUGAGCAGGAUUUUUCGAUCGGUAUGAGGACACUUGUGCUCACCUCCGGUGCUAAUACUUUUGAUGAGUUACCCAUAUGGGUGUCGCAAGCAUACGGAGUGAAUUUCGAUACAGUAUCAAUCACGGAGGAGUCUGAGUUUAGGUUUCCAGAAUGUACUGAUUCUUCAGCGAACUCAGAGAAUUGUGGUAGCAUGGGAACGAAUUCGACACGACGUGAUUUUAGCAGGAUAGAUCUGUACGAUCCCGAAACGAACGAUCCCAAGUAUAACUCUAUCGUUCUUACAACGCUGAAUUUAGGCUUUGCCUCUUACGAUGAAAAUUUUAAUUCCAUUUGGAAUCAAUAUGGUCUCACGCAGGAAACCUCGGAUGAACUAGACAAGUAUUGUGUGAAGUACGGCGUUCGCACAGUGUCUCUGAAUAGCAGUCCAAUCGAAAUUUUUGAUUUUGCUAUGGCACCUGCAAUUUCAGAAGGAGGCGUAGCCGCUGAUAAUAUGACGGUGUUGAGCUUUGCGUCGAACAAUUGGGCAAAUGACAUGCGUAAUAUACUGAAUCAAGACGCGCGGAUACGCGUGGGAAGCGAAACUGAAGUAUCAGCGAAUGGUGCAUAUUGGCUUACACCAGCGCUCAUUAGAGAAGAUCAGAAUGUUGAUGGUCACAUGCAGCCAAUAUUAAAUCUUGAUUACACCUGCCCGAACGGCCAGGCUUGUACUGGAGUUGGUGCUACGCUGGUACGGGAUCGCCUUUCCGCGCGUGAGACUCUUCACUUCCAUAUAAACAUGGAUUUAUUCGGAUUGCACGGAGUGACUCUAGCACAUAUGUGGUACCCUUGGGUCGUACGAGGUCUUUUUUUGGGAGAGCGCAAGGUUGUUCUUGACUGCCAAGUCGACGACGCCUUGCUUGAUACCAAAAUUUACGACACAACUGGCACACAAAACAGCAGUACUGAGAAAUACCGAAUGACGGAAAUCGAUCUCAAAGCUCACCGGGACUUUCAGCGCAACUUAAAUAUUGCAUUGCCUUCUGGCUCGAACUUCACAUUACAAAUGGCAUUCAACGGUGUUGGUUGGGAAGAGUUUGGUCAAAGAAAGGACUACGAACCUAAUCUGAACGAAGGGGUCACGAAGUACUUUGAUGAGUUUCUUUGGGUUUCACAUACCUGGAAUCACAUUGAUAUGUACUGCCUGAAUUCUGAUUGUAGUCAAGCGGACCCUGUCGAUGAUCCAUUAUUUGAGGCAUGUUUUGACUGGAGUGACGGACCCUGCGACUACGAAGGGGAAGAGCCUGCGUAUUAUGCACCUAUCAGUGGUUAUACACCCUACGAAUACGAAACAUAUGAACUGACUCGCAAUCAGUACUUUGCAGAGGAAGUUUUAAAUGUGCAGGAGCAUGAGGAGGCGUGGUCUCCAAGAUCAAUGGUAACGCCGAGAAUUUCCGGCCUUAACUACACUGAAGGUGUCAGGGCAAUGCUUGCGGCCGGAAUUUUCAAUGCAGUGGGAGACAAUAGUCGUUUAGAUCUUAAGCCAGCAAACCCAUGGCAUCCUUUCCUUGCCAUAGCGAAGGUGAAUGGCGAUGGAGAAAAGCUCACCACCGAAGACAGGGAGGAUUUCGAGGAGGAGAUGCUCGAACUCUAUGGUGCGAGAUCGGUUACUAUUAUCCCCAGGUUUGCUACCAGGGUAUAUUUCGACGUUUCGCUACCAGUGGAGUUCGAGAUGGAACAUAACUCCAUCUACGGGCCCAACUGUACGCUUUGUAAGAAUGAUACAUUUAAGUAUGACGACAACCUCACUGUUGACACAUUGAUGGAAAUUGAAGGCUUUGAAACGGCACGCAACCUACUAUCUCUGCGAAUUGAGCCAUAUAUGUUCCACCAGGCGAAUCUUCGAAUGUACAGUGAUGGCAGGUUUUCGACUUCCUUGAUACAGGAAUGGAUCGUUGCUUCGUUAAGAUGGGUGAAAGACUACACUACGUUCCCCGUAUACACAUACAAAAUGGACGAUCUCGCAGAAUAUUAUCGUCAAAGACAGGAACGAGACGAGUGUGGUCUCGCAGGCUCGAUCAAGUAUUCGAACGGCAGACCUGUUUCAGUAAGCAUCUCAUCUGACAGUAGUUGUCAGGCCAAGCUGACGUAUACCAAGACCACAGAUUCGGCCAUGAUGCAACCUGUAACCUUUGAAGGCUCUGCAACUGACAUAUCUAACAUUCUCAUUAUGGAAGGCAAGGAGUCGAAGGGAGAUACAGUCCAGUUGGAGCUGUUUGGGAACCUAAUGGGUGUCUCGGAAGACAGAUAAACAAUUAGAUUAGUAAAUUAGUACAUGAUGAUCAUACACUAUGGAUCCUCAUUCAUCCUAGUAUCGCAUUUCAGUCCAAAUUAGAUCGCAUAUAUUUAGAUCACUAUACUAUUGAUUAUUCUUCAGAGAUUGAUCACUCAUUCAAUAUUAAAAUAAGCGCACAUAUAAUAUACAGGUGUGUAUGCAAAAACUUAAAAACG